AUGGCUUUUGUUGUUAAUGAAAUAUGGCAAUCCUGGAAAUCUCUCUCAAUCAGUGAGCAGACACACACGGUGAUGUUCAUUCUGCUGGCCCCGGUUACUAGCUGCUUUAUAUGGUUUUUCGUUUCAUGGCAAACCUCACCGUUGAAGAAAUAUCCUGGGCCGUUCCUCGCAGGAUGGACAAACCUUUGGCGGCUAUGGCAGGUUAUCGGAGCCGAUUAUGCUCCAAAGAUGAAGAGGCUGCAUGAGAAAUAUGGACCUAUUGUGCGCUUAGGUCCUAAUCUUCUAGACAUCGAUAUGCCUGAACUGAUAAAGGUCAUAUACAGCACUGAUGGCAAGUGGACAAAGUCUGACUUCUAUAAGAACAGCAGCUCCAUUGUUGAUGGAAAGAUCACAUACCAUAUGUUUUCCGAAACAAACAACGUCGAACAUGCUCGUUUGAAGAGACCUGUCGUGCGACAUUAUUCAGUGCCUAGCGUCCUGGCUAUGGAAUCACAUAUGGAUAAGAUUAUUGACGACUUGUGUGCCCAUUUACAGAAGCGAUUCACAGACACUGGCGAGUCGUGCGAGCUUGGCAACUGGCUUGCUUUUUACGCUUGGGACUUCCUCGGUGUUGUCACAUUUAGCAAAAAGUUCGGAUACAUGGAUGAGGGCCGCGACUUCGACGGCACGCUUGCCAUUGGAGACCAAUCAAUCGACUAUCUCGGCCUGUGUGGACAAAUGCCCUGGAUAGACUAUUGGUUGGAUAAGAACCCAGUUUAUCCCCUUGGUCCUCCCAAUCUCUCCAAUGUCACGAGAAUCGCCGUGGAAAACCUUACAGAUCGACUUAGCGGCAAGGACAUGAACUUCAAGCCUGAGAAGCCGGAUUUCCUUCAGUACUUCAUCGACUCAAAGACGACACAUCCUGAAAUAGUGGAUGAAAGCACAAUAAUUGGCUACCUCCUUCUGAACUUGAUUGCCGGCGCGGAUACAACUGCUAUCACAAUGCGUGCCCUCUUUUAUUACUGUCUUAAGAACCGCCGUAUUUGGGAGCGCCUUGAGGAAGAAGUUGUUGCCAGUGUACCGGCCGAUAGACCAGCUCCUCACGCUACCGCCCGCGCUCUUCCUUACCUUGAAGCUGUAUGCCGGGAGACGAUGCGGUAUCAUCCAGCAGUUUCCAUGACUAUGGAACGUAUCGUCCCGAAAGAAGGUCUUAUCCUCCCAGAUGGGUCCCUUGUCCCUGGUGGCUCACUUGUCGGCAUGAACCCCUAUAUCGUUGGGCGUAACAAAGACGUUUACGGCGUUGAUGCAGAAGAAUACCGUCCCGAGCGUUGGCUUCAGCAAGACGAUGAAGACGAUGAGGCGUAUAAGCUGCGCAUGAGACAGUGGAACGCAGCUGACAUCACCUUUGGUGGCGGCUCGCGGAUCUGUCUUGGCCGUAACUUGAGUCUGAUGGAGAUUUACAAGACCGUUCCGUCGCUGAUAUCAAGGUUCGAAUUUGAGCUUGUUGAUCCACAUGAGACGUGGUGGACAAGUUCGCGCUGGUUCUAUCGUACUAAGGGUGUUGUUUGCAAGUUGAAGCGGAGAGUGGCAAAGGCUUGA